AUGGGAUCUAUAUCUCAAGCCAUCCAACCACCUCCAUCCGUGACAGAUUACACCAUCGCCUCAAUCCCAGCUGAUGGGAUUGGUCCAGAGGUAAUCAGUGCAGGCAUCAAGGUUCUCAAUGCACUUGCUGCAACUUUCAAGACCUUUUCGUUCUCCUUUACCCACUUCGACUGGUCUUCCGAUACUUAUCUGCGAACCGGAGCAUACAUCCCUCCAGAUGGACUUGAGCAGUUGAAGAAGUUCAACGCCAUCCUCUUCGGUGCCGUUGGCGAUCAGCGAGUUCCUGAUCACAUCAGUCUCUGGGGUCUCAGACUUGCUAUCUGCCAACCGCUGCAGCAGUAUGCAAACGUGCGACCAACACGGAUCCUCAAGGGCGUGACCUCUCCUCUGGCGAGUUGUCAGGGAUGUGAAGCCAACACCAAGAAAUUGGACUGGGUCAUUAUCCGUGAGAAUAGCGAGGGCGAGUAUGCCGGACAGGGAGGCCGAAGUCACGUAGGCCAAGCAUGGGAAGUAGCAACCGAAGUGUCGAUCUUCACGAGGCAUGGAGCGACGCGGCUUCUUCGCUUUGCGUAUGAAACUGCCCGAUCUCGACCUCGGAAGAAGUUGACGUUCGUGACCAAGUCCAACGCUCAACGGAAUGGAAUGGUACUCUGGGAUGAAGUCCAGAAGAUCGUGGCAAAGGACUUUCCCGAUGUUGAGACGGACAAAAUGCUUGUCGAUGCCAUGACAUGCCGCAUGACCCUUCAGCCCGAGACCAUUGAUACUGUUGUUGCGACGAAUCUCCACGCGGAUAUUCUAUCGGAUCUCGCGGCUGCCCUUGCCGGCAGUAUUGGCAUCGCACCUACCAGCAAUCUCGACCCUACCAGAGAGAAUCCCAGUAUGUUUGAACCAAUUCAUGGCUCAGCUUGGGACAUCGCCGGUAAAGGGGUGGCCAAUCCAGUGGGCACAUUCUGGACAUGCGCUGAGAUGGUCAAGUGGCUGGGACAAGAACAUGCAGGUGAAGUUCUCAUGGAAGCAGUGGAGAACGUUUUGGGAGAAGGCAUCAAAACAAAGGAUCUUGGUGGUCAGGCUGGCACCGAGGAAGUGACUGCAAGAGUUUGCCAGGAGAUCGGGAGAAUUGGAAAGGAACGAAAUCCGAGCACUCACAAGGCAAAAUAA